AUGCGCCUGUUCCGCUUCUCUACCUCCUCUCUUCUUGUCCUCCUCUCCUCCGUCGUGGUGACAUCCGCCUUGACGGUCGUUAUUCCCCCUUCAAAUCUUCUUCCCAACCCCAAUGCUCUCCCAUCCGGCACGCACGCAACUCUUACGUCCAUACCACCGUCAACGCAAUCUGAGACUGGCCAUGUCUCUCCUCAUUCAUUGACCGCCCCGCUGACGCGCUCCGCGACCUUCAUCCUCCAGGACCUGGACUCCACGGGAAAGCCCGAGUCUUACCUGCUUGAUAUCCGAUCCGCAGAAUACGUUUUCACACCCUACCGGGUCGAUGUCGCUGCAGACGGUACGGUGCUGGGCGUUUGGGAGACGUUUCGUGGGAACCCAUGGGAGAACCGUGGCGCGGAGAGAUACGUCCUCGAUGCUACUUCUGUCGAUGCGGCCAAGUUGUCUGAAGUAGUAGUGGAAGCUAAAGUGCUAGCUAGAAGAGGCUUCUACGAGGAACGAUCUAAAUUCUCGCCUCUUGCUUUGUUUAAGAACCCUAUGAUCUUGCUCGCCCUAGUAGCUUUGGGGUUUACAUUCGGAAUGCCGAAGUUGAUGGAGAAUAUGGAUCCCGAGAUGCGUGCCGAAUUCGAAAAACACUCUCGGGCUUCUCCUAUCUCUGGUGCAACUCGGAGUGCUAUCACCGGUGGCGGUGCACCAGGCAACUUCGAUUUCGCAGGGUGGAUGGCUGGCGCCCAUCCAAAACCAGCAGGUUCAGAGCCCGCUGGCCUCCAGGGAGUAGCGACUGGCAGGGAAGGUGGAAAUGCACGAAGACGAGGAUAAGCGAAAGCUCUUGUUCGAGCAAUAAAGACAUCCGGGUCAAUCUAUGGCAUUAAUCAUAUCCUACUAGGUGUCAAUCAAAGCCUAAGAAUCAAGAUAAACCUAGAAGC